GAUCUAGGUUUAAACGCAAUUAUUGUAAAUUUGUUGUCAAGUUUAUCAAGGGAAAAUUUUAAAGUCAUGGAAAGUAUUCAUACUAUGAUGGCCUGCUUUGAUGGGUAGUCGUUACAAAUCAAACAGUGAAGGAGGUACGCAUACCAUGUGAAAAAACGAUAUUUCUGAAGCAAUAUAGACGCUAAGUGAUAAAUUUUUUUUAAUGAUUACAGCGACCUUUGAAAUUGUGUCCUUUCAAUAUAGAAACAGGUAGAUCUUCCCACAUUGCAGAUCGUCUUGGAAGAAUUUUGAAGACAUAAGUUUGACGAAUUUGAGCUUAAAAAGGCGGGCUUCAAGAACCAAAUUUUGAAAUUCGGAUGAAACAGCCUAAAUUACAAGAAAACAUUUUAUUGCACUGACAAAUUGAUUUUCGUACACAUUUUUUGCUCGAAUCAAGAGAGAUUCUUGGAUAUGGUGUGUCUUGCAAAGUCUUUGGUUCAUUUGUCUGUCUUCGUGCAUGUGCUCAAACUCUUUCAUUCAAGUUCUAGUUACCUAAAUCCUCAUUGCCACACUAGCCAUUAUCUAAGUUUCUUUGGUAAUUCAAGAGGACAGACCUUUGCAAUAACUUUUCACAAUAUAUCAGAAUACCUGCUUAUAUGCAUGGUUUUAUUGAUCUCUUCAAUAUCUUUCGUCAAUAUUUCCUUAAGAAACGGAGAAUCAACUUUUUGCCCUGUUGACAUCCUAGCGUUAUUGUUCCAUUUUCAUCUUUUAUAAAUAAAUUGUCAAACCUGCUAAUGUAAUGUAAAAGACGAGAGCUUUAUUGUUUGACACACGCCUCAAAGUCAGACACAUCCAAGAUCAGAAAAGGUAAGAGGUCAAAGAUGCAUCUUCGCAAUACACUUGUUUUCCAAAAAGAGAUUGGCCAUAAGAAACGAAUACAUGAAAAUGAGACAAAAAUUAAAAUGAGACAAAAAUUAGACUUGGAAUUCAAGUAGCGUUUGCAAAAGUUGUCGACCGCGCGUCCUCCAAAACUGCAGUGAUCAGCAUGGAUUGAGCUUUCGAAAAGAAAGGAACACCUAGAGUUCAAUUUAGGCUUGAUUUCCGUUUUUGAAAUCAUCUUCAACAAUGCUUCCGAUGCGUUAUCUAUCCUUCGAAGUUGUUAUCUAUCCUGUUUUAACAUUUCAGCACAGUAUGAAGCAAUAAAUACUCUGGCUCGAGAAGCAAUGUUAUACGUUCAUAAUUAAAAAAACUCCCCUCGAGGUAUUCCGGGGGUGGUUAACUAAGAAUUCAAUACGUUGUAAUCAAGGAACAAGUGGUCAAUAUAUUGCAUGUCUGGGAAAUAAAUGAGGAUAUCAGUUAUAUGGGGUCUUCCAUGGAAUGGGCGGGUCGAUUAAAUAGAAAACCCUGCAUGGGGCUAUAGCUUAAAAUGCUUUGCAAUGUCGAUUGUCAUUUUAGUAAGAACAUGUGUCUUCUGCUCAUCAAUUAAUUCAUUAUUGGUAUUGUAUUGCCACCACCCACACUGCAGUUGUAGAAAUGAAAGUGAACAUAUGUUUUUGAUGACAAUCAUUUCAAUUGCAGAUAACAGAAACCCAUUUACGCUAGUAAGUUUAUAAUGGAACGCUUGUCUUAAAUAGGCGACACAGUAGAUAAAGAAAGGCCUAUAAGAUUGUCAAAAGUGUUUUUCUCCGAGCUUUUUUGUUAAGCGCCGCAUGGGCAACUAACUGGUGACUAGAGGCCUAUUAGAAUGCAUCUCCCAAGCGUUCAAAUGAAACGCCGAGUGGGCGACUUCCUAGGAUCAAAGGGUCUAGUUAGAUGCUAUAUUGCAAAUGUCAGUGCGUUCAAGUUUUGUAAAGUGGGAUAAACAAACUUCGACGAUCUAUAAUGUUAGGCACAUAGAUAUUAAGAGUUUUCCAUUAACUAGCGCCUUUUUGGCCUUCACUCAAGGCACCAUCAAUCAAAAAGUGAGUUCUUGUGUGGAAAAUAAUAUCUACUUGAUCUGGACAGUGAUGCUUCCAGAAGAAAAGGUUUUUCGAGAACUUGACCAAAUUCUUUACAAUUUGUAGGUCAAGCCAAAAAACGCUUAUUGCUUUUUAAAAAGUUAUCAUAUAUUAGGAGUUCCUUUUCACUAUUUUCUUUUACUCUAUCGAUAUUUUUUAUUUAAUGAAUUUUCUAUGAAGUUGCAUAAGCUCAGCAAGAAAUAGUCCAUUUAAUCCAAACGCCAGGUAGAGACGUCCCAGCCUGCGUCACAGAGACAUCCACCUUGCUGUGUUUAUAUCCAAUGUUGUUAGGACAGAAUAUGGUUGAUAACCAAUUUUGAUCUUCUUGGUUACAUUGAAUAAACAUCACAGUAAUACGAUUUGAAUAACAAUCCUAAAUUAAGAUUUUAUAAACUUUGUUAUUGAUAGGGUUUUUCGUCAUGGUUAUCGCACGAAUGUUGACUUGCCAACCAAACACAGAGUCCAUGCUUUCUGGAAGUGAAAAAUUGUUCAAUGCUAGAAGUUUACGUCUUUAUUUUACCAAUUUCUCCAUUCAUGCAAAAACCUCCUCAAAUUAAGAAGUUCAAUGCAAAUGGAGCACAAAAUGUCUAGGUUUUAAAUAUAUUAUGACAUUAAUUGCAUAUAAUCUCUACUGAUGGCCAAGGUUUGUUGUUUUAUGCGCAUACCAGCUAACGACCUGUGCUUCAAGUUUAAAGGCAAAUAGGAGAUUUCUCCUUUGGGGUCUGUCCAUUGGCUUGUCCCUUGCAACAUAAAGUAUGUUAUCAAAUCACUAACAUCACUUCGACAAAUAUCGUUCGCAGAAAAUUAAACUGUAGAGCUAUGCCGUUGCUGUUUGUGAAUCUACUAGUAAUAUUUGGUUGCAUUUGAUUUUCUAGCAAUAUUUGGUUGUAGUAUUGUCUCCAGUGACCUUGAUUGAAAAUCUUGCUUGAUAAGCAUUUUUGUCAUCAGCUCGUUGACUAAAGUGUGUUAGUACUUAGCACUGGCUGCAGAAAGCGAUUUUCUUUACUCAAGGAAUACCAUUUUUUCUUAUCUUAUUAAUCCUUCCCUAAGCUGGUAAUCUUGCGGAUUUUCUUCCUUCUUUAUAUAUAUAUAACUCUGCUUUAUAUUGCCUGCUUAAAGUCGUUGAGACACCUUAAGAUUUAGAGUCAUAUUGAUAAUUUCAAUGUCUUUUCCGUUAUGUAUCACCAGCUACCACUCAAUUCCAACACAGUAAAAUUUUGAUAAUGCGACAGCCAGAAAAGGCAUUCCCCGUAUCAUACAAGUUGCCUGAUGAUUCGAACACCUGCCUGUUGAUUCGAACAGCCGCCUGGUGAUCACAUUAAACGUGAAACUAGAAGUAGCGACUAAGAACCUUCCUGUUCUGUACACCAAAUAGCGUGCUACUCGUAUCUUAUACUACAUUAAACUUCGGUAGUAUUCUUUGAAGGGAUCUGUUUCCUUUCCUAUAGUUAAGCCAUCAAAAAUCCUGUUUUCUUGACAUGUAACCAUUUGCUCUAAUAGUUUCGUUUUAUCACUGUCAGCAUCAAUCUAUAUUGAAGAAAAGCAACUCCAAGAAGAGUUCGCUGCAUGUAAAUUAAUUGGCGUAUUCUUGUUGAGAAAAACUCUCGAUUAUAUUUCAACUUCUUUCUUUCCUUCUGUUUUUGCACUUUGGUCAUUUACGGCAUUAUCCUGGAGGGCUGAUGUCAAGAUAAAUUGUUCCUUCAUUUUCAGAUGAAAUAUCACGCUUUCCAUCUUUAGUGGAUGUUACCGAAGAAAGCUUUUUCCUAAAUGAAAAUCUUAUUGAAUUCAAAGGGUGUUUUUCAACGAAUACUGAACUAACGCUACUUCCUUAAAUUCUGCCUCGACAGCCGCACUUUUAUUGUUUUGCCCAAUCAAAUGGUUUUGCUCUCUUUUCCUUAAUGUUUUGAGUCGCGCUGGUGUGUAGUGAAACUCGAAAUAAACUAAAAAUCUACUGGAUGCUAUUCCCUUUUAACUACUGCUUGAUCCCUUCUUAAAAUCUCAUAUUCUUGCUCUUUCUGGAAUAACUAUUUUCCAUUUAUGUUGAGCAGAAACUUAUUCAUGUAAUAAAAUCCCACUAAAUGCAUUUUUAAUGAGUUUACUCACACAAGUUUAAGCGGAGUAAGGUUGUGGAUAUUUCUUUAUGGGCGGUGUUCUUUGGUUGGCAUAUUUGACCACAAAAAACACAACAAACGUCCUCCUUAGAGCUGGUAUCCGACUAGUUACUUGCUCGCCUGCUGUCAUUUUCAAAAUCUGUUUUUGACUGUAUUUAGCAAUCAUUUGUCACAAUCCUGACCUCUAGGUGAUGUUUACUUGUUUGUCAAUGUUGGUAGUUUUUGAUUUGCAUAAAAAUAUUGACAUUCAAAAACUACUGAUAUACUGGAUAAAAGAUAGCAUGCGAUGACCUAGGUUUGAUAUGCGUCCUUUUUUGUUAUAAUUCAGUUUCAGUUUCAUAUUUUAAAUCUUCAACAUAUAAUAUUAUAUAUAUCAGCAAUAUAAACAAAUUAUUACACUAAACUUUGAUAAUAAGUAAAUUGCAAUAUUGCAAAAAAAUGAAAAUAUCUAAAUAAGAGAUUAAUGUAAUCUAAGUAAAAACCUUGAUAAAACAAAAAGUAAUCAUUCAGGUUAAGGUGAUGCUUAUACAGGAUUGUAGUUAAUUUCAUUUUUUAUUAUUUAGGCACGGUAGCUCUUCAAUCUGUCAGAGAUGGCCUACAUCGAUCAAUGUUUGACAUUAAUAUCAUCUAAUUUUAUGCUCUAUACAAUUCAUGAUCAUUCAAUCGAAGCACAAGCUAACAUACAGUUUUAAUGUAGAUAUUUGAUAGUAGGGCAUGGUUUUCUAAUUGCAAAGAAGUUUUCUUAGAGGUGGUAGCACGUAGUGAUUUGAUUCCAAACAAGAAAUGCUUAAUUUUUCAGUAACAAGGGUCUUUUAAACUGAGAUAAACGGAUUUGAUGAUACCAGCCGGGCUGUUCUGUAAUUUACCUGAGUUGCAAAACUUGUACUUUUUCCGAUGUGAGAUUAUUCUAGUGAGACAGCAAGACUGGCUGCCUGUAUCGAAACUAAAACAAAUGCAUAUAUACAUUUGAGGAAACCUGAAAUGGAAAAAUUGGUUUUCUGGCCUGAUUGCAAUUAGUCUAGUUUCAAUUUGGCAAUAUUUAUAUGGUGAUUCAGCAGCAAUUUUCUAGAAGGAUAAAACGAUUACUGUAUGCUUAGUACUCCUUUUAAGAGAGAAGAAAGGACGAGAGAUAAUAAAAAAGCAAAGAGAAGCUGUCCAAAUUCUCAUUCCAUGAACAUGUUGCUUUGUUUUAUUUUAAAGCGCAACCCGAGUUUCUCUUGAAAAUAUUCUGGUGGUUUUUGUUUUGCGACGCUAUUGUGAUUGUCGGACAACGUUCUUGCUAAUUAGCGGGAGCUGCGAUUAAGAGCAAAACUCAGAAUACGCUAGGCACAGCAUAUCAGAUAUUCAGAUUGAGGGCAACCACCCUUUUAACCAAGUUGCUCAAUCUUUUUACCCAUGGCUUCUCAACAGAACAGCCUUGGUGAUAUAAACGAUUCCGUGUGUACCUGUCCAGGGCCUGUGGUUUAAAUUCUUGAUCCCUUUUUCUCGUUAUUUUGUAUUUGAUUUUCAAUUCUUUACUCUAUUCCUGUGCCCAUAAUCAUUACUGAAUCUCCUGUACAGUCUUCUGAAGCAACAUUUAUUAUCAACGUGAUGAUUGGUUAAUUACGAUGCAUAAUUACGAACUUGAUACUUCGUAGUAACACUACGGCCUCGAUGUAUAGUUAUGGCCUCGAUUUUCUAAGUCAAUUGCAACGUUGUUGAAACGAAUAUGAGGCAGAGAAUAACUCAGUUCAAAGGAAUUUGUGGGAAAAGAAAAUUCCGUUAAUUGCAAGCACAGAUGAAGGGAUGAGCAAAAUAUGGAGAAAUCUGGGGAUUACGGAAAACGAGAAUAAUAGGCAAAAAUUGUUUUAAUCUUUGAUCCUAUCUUAGAAGGUUGGAUUAAAAAGGUUUGUUGAUGAAUCAUGUGUAAAGAUAAAAUAAUCAAAUCGAAUCCUGGAUUGUCAUUCAUUGAGUAUGAUACAAUUCCACGUGCAGAUUACUGAAUGAAAACCGCCAGCGCAAUUCAGCAAGUAUGAAGGACACACGAUAAUGACGUCUUCACAACGGUGCUAAUGGAUGCUAAAGACUCGUCAUACAAGUGCCUAGCAAAUACAUGGCCAAGCGAGUUGUAAAAUAGCCUGAUCAAUAUGGCAAUGAAUAUCGAAAAAGAGGAGAAAAAGCCCAAGGUCGAGCUUCAGAUACUAGACAAGCCACAACAACAUACUUACAAAGAGCAGGAUAGCGAUAUCACAAACUCACCUGCCAAUUCUGCUAAUGGUGAUGACGUUGACAUUGUGGAGGAGCUCUUCCCGGAAAAAGCCUUCGGCUGUUUGAAUCGUUACUCGAAACCAAGGAUCUGGGCCAUAAACGUGUUGCUCUGGCCGUAUUUUGAAACGAUAACCAUGAUGGUUAUUCUAUGCAAUGGAGUGACGCUUGGAAUGUACGACCCUUAUGAUAACAAAUGCACAUCGCACAGAUGUAAAACUUUAGAAGUGAUAGAAACGGCUAUAUAUUCAUUCUUUGUUUUUGAAAUGAUAGUGAAAAUUAUUGCAAUGGGAUUUUGUGGACCAUUGGGCUACCUGAGUGGCUCAUGGAAUAGACUAGAUUUCUUUAUCGUCUGUGCAAGCACAUUUGAAUACUUAUAUGGUGAUGGUGAAUACCUUAGUUCAAUUAGAGCGGCAAGGGUGCUCAGGCCUUUGCGCGCAAUCAACAAAGUACCUAGUAUCCGGAUAUUGGUAGCACUUUUAUUAGACACUUUGCCAAUGCUUGGCAAUGUUUUAGCAAUCUGUACCCUGAUAUUUGUUGUUUUUGGCAUUAUUGGAGUUCAGUUAUGGCAAGGCGUCCUUAGAAAUAGAUGCGCCUUGGAACUGCCCACUGGUGUAAAUACAAGUCAGUCAAACAUAUCGUCAUACUACAUGAACAAUUUUGAAUACAGUCUCAUAUGCUCGCUGGCAACAGACAAUGGAAUUGUUCAAUGUACAAAUGAUUUUAUUCCGAAUUAUUCUGCAUCACGGUUUAGUCCAGUCUGCAAAGAAAGUUACGAAUCAUUUUAUGACUCCAACACAACGCUUUCGAAUUCAUCGUGUGUCAACUGGAAUCAGUACUACAGCCAAUGUAGGCAAGUUGGUGACAACCCACAUCACGGUGCCAUCUCAUUUGACCACACGGGACUAGCUAUCGUUGCAAUUUUUCAGGUCAUUACGCUUGAAGGCUGGUCCAAAAUCAUGUAUUAUCUGCAAGAUUCGUAUAGUCCCUGGGUGUGGAUUUAUUUUGUUGCUUUGAUUGUCAUUGGCGCAUACUUUAUGACAAACCUGUGCCUAGUUGUGAUUGCGUCCCAGUUUUCAGAGACCAGGCAGCGUGAAUCAGCCCUAAUAGAGCAGGCAAACAGAAAGGCUCGCUUGUUGAAGUCGUACAGCACUCUUUCCGGAUCCAUCAGUAGCUAUACUUUUAAAGAUCAAGGGUGUUAUGCAGCCAUUCUCGGAAUAAUGGAAGACGCGUAUAAACGUUUAUGCAAAAGACUCCGCAAGAAAUUGGCUGGGACUAGGUUUUGCAAGCCAAUAGAAAAAAAGAAAAUGAAACGACGAGUGGUCAAGAAAAGAGAAAAACACAGCACAACAAGCACAAUCCAUCUGCAUCACCAUCACCAUCAUCACUUUCACCAUCAUCACCACAUAUGCUCUAGCGAUCAGGCAAACUCCACCAGUGGGCAAAUUGGCGAUUGCUCUAGCCAUUCUCCUAAUAUUCUUCAGCCAAGUGAGACUGGUCGGAGAUCUGCCUUGAGAACUCCCACAAUUGUUGCUAUUGACAACGAGUUUCGUGAUCCUCGGGUUGGCGUAGCCAGCGUUUGUCCUGUCGCUAUUCAGAGUACUGCACUGCUAAUGCCGGACACUACUGUGUUAAUAUGCCGCCAGCCGUCUCCCCGUUCACCACAACCUACUCACACUGUAUCUUUCUAUUCGACUUCUUUAAAUGAUAAAUCGGGAUUUAGUGAUGAGAUACCAUUAAAGUCAUCAGAGGCUUCAUACGAAUUUCCUAGUUUCAAACGAAAACGUCCAACUGUAUGCCCCAACGUGGAACAGUUCGAGGCCGACAUCGAUGGGCGAGGCUACGAGGAGAUCUACAGGAGCAGCAGUAGUGACGAUGAGGAGGAGGAAAUCGAGGAGGUGGAAGUUCCCGGGCUUUGCUCGCGGAUGAGCUCAAAAAUGAAGGCAAUCUGCGAGUCAAACCCGUUCAAAAUAAUCAUAAUGAGUGCAAUAUUACUGAAUACGGUCAUGAUGGGUAUUGAACACCACGGUCAGCCAAAAGAGCUGACAGAUACACUGGAGAUAUUCAACUUCAUUUUCACAAUCGUCUUUGUCAUUGAGUUCAUUUCAAAAGUAAUCGGCUAUGGUCCUUAUGGAUAUAUCAAAGACUCUUUCAACCUAUUUGAUGGAACAAUUGUCAUUAUCAGCGUUAUAGAAAUCUUUGGAGACACAGGGAGCGGGGUCUCUGUGCUGAGAACCCUUCGAUUAAUGCGAAUCUUCAAGUUAAUACGAUUCAUGUCAUCAUUGCAAAAGCAAAUCACUGUGAUGGUGAAGACCCUGGAUAGUGUGAUGACCUUCUUGGCUUUGCUAAUCAUUUUUAUUUUCACGGUAUCCAUCCUUGGUAUGCAUUUAUUUGGAGCGAAGAUGAACCGACAAGGCAAUACCGUUCGCCACAACUUUGACUCUUUGCUCUGGGCACUAAUGACUACAUUUCAAGUUUUGACGCAAGAAGACUGGCCUAGUGUCAUGUACGAUGCAAUGGAGUUUACUUCAAAAUGGGCUGCUCUGUACUUCAUCAUUCUUAUGACAAUUGGAAAUUACAUCCUCUUUAACUUGCUAGUUGCCAUCUUGGUCGAGGGAUUCUCGAAUGAUCCGAAACUUCGAAAAAUGUUAAAGCCAAAAUCAAAACUACAGAUAAAAUGCAAAACCCACCAGCAGGGAGAGGAAGAAGAGCUUCUUUUAGAAGACAAGCAGGGGGAGGAAGCAACGAAUGCAUUGCACCAAGACACUUCAUACGACUGCCAGAAAAGAAGUCACUUGACCAAGUGUACGGGAAGGUGCCAGCGGAGACCAUCUCUUAUCAGAAGUGUGUCUGAUGUUGGAAGAUCGUCUUGCCAGCAAAUAGCAUCACUGCAUUCGAAAUGCAAGGUCAAAUCCUUGCCAGACUUAGCAUUGAAAUACAACGAGCCCGUCUGUGAUUUCAUACCAGAAAAGCUCGUGCGGUGCGAUUCCCACUUUUCGUUAAAGGAACCAAAUCCCCCCGCAGAGGACGAUACAUUAUUGCGUAAGAACAAAAAUUUCAUCGAAUUGCCAAUUCAAAGUGAUGACGGUGCUAAGGAUGGAAAGGCUGCAGAGAAGAGAACUUGCCUACGCGACUGCCUACCAACAUUCAAAUUUCUGGAAGAUCGAAAAGAUUACUCUCUCUAUCUGCUUGCUCCCAAUAAUUGGUUUCGACGGUUCAAUUUGAUGUUGUGUACGAGCAAAUGGUUCGACCGAGUGAUCCUUGUUUUCAUUUUCUUCAACUGCGUUGUCCUAGCAAUGGAGAGUCCAGAUUUAGAUCAAAAUGGGGCGGAGCGCAGAUUUAUCGACUCGACAAACAAUGUUUUCACCUUCGUCUUUCUUACUGAAAUGGUCAUCAAGGUUUUGGCCUACGGAUUCACUGUAGGAGACACAACGUACCUGAAAAGUGGUUGGAACGUCAUGGACUGCCUAUUAGUGGUGAUAUCCCUUAUUGAUUUCUUCGUCACGAGAUACAGCGAGAAAAAGAGUAGCUUCCUUGGUGUCCUCAAAGUCUUCAGGGCAUUGCGAACUUUAAGGCCGUUGAGAGUGAUUAGCCGAGCUCCGGGCUUGAAGCUUGUUGUUGAGACACUAAUGUCAUCUUUGAAGCCAAUCGGAAACCUUCUUGUUAUUGCUGGUGUUUUCUUUACCAUAUUUGGAAUUCUUGGUGUUCAGAUCUUUAAAGGAUCUUUUUACUACUGCUUUAAUCCAAGUGGCCCCGUUGAAACAAAAGCCGAAUGUCUACUCAGAGGCGGGUCGUGGCGAAACAGGGAAUACAAUUUUGACAAUCUGCUUAAGGCAAUGCUGACCCUGUUUGUGUUCUCUACCAAAGACGGCUGGGUGGCAUUGAUGCACCACGGCAUCGAUGCAGUUGGAGUAGACAAGCAGCCGGUCAAGAACCACAACCCAUGGGCUUUCUUGUAUUUCUUCUCAUUCCUAUUAAUCGCUGGGUUUGUUGUCAUUAACAUGGUCGUUGGUGUAAUCAUUGACAAUUUCCAUCGAUGCAGAGACCAAAUCGAGGCCAUUGAUGGUGCAAAAAAGAACAUCCAAACAAUUGCAUCCCACAUUGUUGAUGGUUCAGAUGGUGAAAACGAGGCUCAGUUAUCUUCUGAGCCAGAUAUCUUGAAAUCUUCUAAUGCCCCUGUUAGUGGGAGAGCCACUGACGAUAGCGAUGAUGCAACUAGCAUUUCUGAUGACGUAAACAGUGACAUAAGCCAAUCUCUGUUCGAUACGUUUCCUGUAUGGCGAAGGGUCUUGUAUACAAUUGUCACACAUUACAAAUUUGACAUCAUGAUUGCAACAGUGAUCGGUUUGAAUGUCUUCUUCAUGGCAGUUGAACACUACAAAAUGUCCGCUACCCUCAGCCAGUUCCUGAAGAUCCUGAAUUUCAUCUUCACUGGGAUCUUUGUUCUUGAGGCUUCCAUGAAAAUCCUUGCAUUUGGAAUCAAAACAUUCAUUUCUGAAAGGUGGAACCAGCUUGAUCUCUUCAUAGUUGCCUUAUCAAUUGUUGGGAUCGUAUUAGAAGAACUAAAUGAGAGCCUCCCAAUCAACCCGACAAUUAUCAGGAUAAUGAGGGUGUUGCGAAUAACAAGAGUGCUGAAAAUUCUCAAGUCAGCAAACGGAAUACAGAAGCUCCUUAACUGUCUCUCUCAAACUUUGCCGCAGGUUGGCAAUCUGUCCAUGCUUUUUAUGCUUCUUUUCUUCAUCUUUUCUUCACUUGGAAUGGAGCUCUUUGGGAAACUAGAUUGCAGCAGAGACGUAUGCCAGGGUCUUAACAGGCAUGCGCAUUUUAGGAACUUCGGAUAUGCCAUGCUUACGUUAUUUCGAAUUUCGACAGGAGACAGUUGGAGUGGGUUGAUGAAGGACACACUUAAUCGUGAGAUUUGUGUACAAGACUGCGAUAUGCUAUAUUGGGUGUCGCCAAUUUACUUUGCCAUAUUCGUGCUAUCAACUCAGUUUGUGCUUGUAAAUGUUGUUGUUGCUGUGCUCAUGAAGCAGCUUGAGGACUCCAAAGACAGCAGGACUUCGAGCAAUUGCAACAGCAUUUCAGACAUGGACGACAUUUUUAGCAAUGAUCCCAAGAACAGCCAAUAUGAGGAGGAAGAUUAUGAUGAUUGCCUCAAACAGACUGUCAAUUGUAAUAACAUUAGCCUUACAGUGGGUGAUGAGGCUGAUGACAACUCAAAUAUGCCGAGCCAGUGCUUGCAGAAAGGAGACUGGACUCAACGUGACGUCAGUACAACGAAUGAGUUCAGUUCUCAGGAAGUUGAUGUCAAAUGUGACGAUCACCAUCAGAUGGAUGAUCAGCAGACUAUGCAACUGAAAGCGAAUCCAGAAUUGCUGGACAGUAGUAGCUCCUAUGGCGAAUAUGGCCUGGAAAAUGCAAUUAUUGUUGUCUCUCCAGCACACGACAACAGCUUUGAAAAUAGCUUUAUUCCUCAUGUACAGCUUGAGGACGAUGACUUUUACGAAGUGAAAAGUGAUAGCUCACUAGAGCCAAAGGAUGACUGUGUCUACACAAAAACGACAUUUUGUCGAAGUAUGCCUGAACUUUAUUCACCCAUGCGGGAAGAUUCUGAAACGACAUUGCUUAAGACAAAAGAAUCAAACUCUUGUCCUUAUGCAAUAACUUCUGUUUCAGACGAGAGUCUGAAAAUAAAAUGUAAACGAAAGAAGACUGGAGAAAGGCCGUUUUUAGCUCGAAGACGUUCAAGGAGCAAAGUUGCUCCUCUAGUUAGGGGAUUAACUGUACCUUCGCAGACUCUAUCAGUUGAAUUCGAGAAGGAUUCAGCCAUAAAAAAGAUGUUUAGGUCAGCAUCUGAAGACAUAGAUUUUUCGGAUGAAUAUCAGGCAAAAUAAUAAUCACUGUAGUUUCUAAUAUUUGCUGCGUGCAUGGCCAGAUUCGUUCUCGCGUUCCAGCAUUCCUCUGGUCUUCAUAGCACCUAACCCUAGAUAAGAAACAGACUUUCAAGAUGUUGGUCAGAUUGAUCAACGUGAAAUCUUAGAAAAUAUAAACUGAUGCAAGGAUAAGACUAAUAACAUUCUAAAAGCAGAUGCAAGAGCUGGAGUUGCAAGAUUUGGGCUUGGCUCAUGUACGCAGCAAAUCGAAAAAUAAUUUGUGUGUGUAUUUCACUGUCUUUCGGAAACCUAUGCUCAUUGGUACAUUUCUAGUGAUAUUGUGAUCGACCAGUCAUAUCAAAUACUGCAAAUCAAUAGGAAAUUACCCAGAUUUUGAUAUCUGUUGCGGCAAAUGCGAGAAAAAUGCAUGUGAAAAUGUUCAUGGUGACUCGCCUUUUUUGAAAAAUCAUUUUUCUGCUAUGUAAUAAACUUUGGCAAACAAGUAAUAAGAUUUUAGGUAUGAUCGCAGCUAUCAUUUUGUAAAAUGAUGCCAAUGUGCGCAGGUUACAAGGACGUUAAAAUAGAAAUUGUAUAGGUGAGUGAGGUUAUUGUUAUUUUCAUACGUAUUCUGUUUUUACGAAUUUUUUUACUUAUUCAGUACUAGAAAUUGUACAUGAUUCAGUUUUUAACCUUUUAGUACUAGAUUUCUUCAAAGUCAUCGAGAAAAUUGAGAAAUUUGACGAUGCUCUUUUAUAUUUAUCGAAUACAUGCAUAUCACAAAACGUUGCAAGCUCAGUCUGUUGUUGGGGAAAGUCACCAUCAAUCAUCAUCAAUCAUCAUCAAUCAUCAUCAAUCAUCAUCAAUCAUCAUCAAUCAUCAUCAAUCAUCAUCAAUCAUCAUCAAUCAUCAUCAAUCAUCAUUAUCAAUUAUAAAUAAUUAUCAUCAAUUAUCAUCAAUUAUCAGUAUAAUUGUCAUAAUCAUGAACAUAACAGCAAUUAUCAUCGUCAUUAUCAAAAUGAUAUCCUGACAGUGUCCAGUUUCAUUUUACCACUGUCAAUGAAGAUGUUACCUUGUUUUUUUCAUCAAUGCCAGAAUCCUAUACUGAUCUUUGAUGAACUGUAGCCUAAAAAGCAAUUUUAUUUUAAUUUUUGGACAUAUUGAUACCUAUAUUCUCAAGUGAUCGAUGUUCGAAAAGGAUAAAAUUCAGAAAGUGACUGAAAUAGGAUUCUCUCAAGUGGUAAAAAGUUCAUCUUUUUGCGGGGUUUUCCAUGCCAUGCCUUUAGGCUCAUUUCAGUGAUUAAUGGGAUCUUCAAAAAAAUUGCCUACGGACAGAUCUCUAUUCAUCUUAUAAGGUAAGCCAAAAUCAAUAACCGGGCUGAAAAAAUGCCUUUACCAAAGCGACUGGAAAAAGCCCGGAGGGCACUUGGUCUAAUGUUUGCUGCGCUACACUGACUUUACAAAACCGCAAGUGCGUAAUGAUUUCAGAGAUAUCGAUUCACAGCACGAGCAUAGUUUUCAUCGUAAUGAAACAAGGAGUUUGUAUUUUGAAAAAUCAAAUGUUGCUGUUUACAGGAUGCUUUGGCGACAAUUUGUUGAAUACACGUAUGUAUAACAACUUUUGGGUCAGUUUAUUUUUAUAAAAAAUCACUGAAAAAAUUGACUUCAGAAUAGGUAUGAUCUUUUCUUAGGGAUUGAAAACUGUUUUUGAUAAAAAUCUUUGUUGCUAUAGCUAGCUUUUUAUUGUUUUAAAAGCUUGAUUCGGUCUCUUGCGUAAAGCAAAAUUUUUGCAUACAGUCAAUUUUCAAACAGAAAAGCAUUUUAAAGAAAUACACUACCAGGGCACUACACUACACUACCAUUUUCAAUGGAAAUGGUAAAUUGGAAAGGUUUCAAGACAUCAAAUUAGCUACCUUUUGUUCUUGAAAGGGAAUUCUUGAAGCUCUAUAUGAUUAAUCUCAGUCAGUCAGCCAGCGACAACGUCAUACAUAACAAGGUUAACAUUGAACUUCUAAGCUUUUUAUAAUCAGCAACAAUUCAUUCGUUGAUCCAACAAGCCAUCAUCAUCAUCAUUACAUUUACAUUUAACAACCCUUUGGGUCAUACAAAUGUCUGCCCAGUCAACUACAACAUUAAAAUUUUAAAAUUUACUGAGGUGAUUUCGACAUAGGUUGUAAAAGGUAUCCGAAUUUGCCUGCAUCACAAUACUGUCUGGCAGGCUAUUCCAUACAGAAACGAUUGAAUAAAAAAAUGAAAAAGUAAUAUUUUUCAUUUUCAACAAGAAACUGAACGGUCUCUGCCAUGAUAAUCCGACACUUGUAAAUGCCAAUUGUUCAUUUUCCAGGUGAUGAUUCAAAAGCAAAAAUGGAAAUAGUUUAUGAAAUGGGGAUAAUAGUAACUUCCUAACACAAAUGGCUCUUUGUUCAAUACAAACAGAAUCAAGGGACAACCCACUCUUGCAAAAGAUGCUUGUUGAAAAAGUAUCCCUAAUAAAACUUUUAUUAUACUUGAUUGAAAAUCUUACGCUUAUAAGAUGAAUCAUUACUACCUUUCAAGAAAGAACCCGUAAGAGUAUGCAAUAAUUGCUACAGUGGGGCAUUAAUUUGCUCAAUAUAGUUUUUAACAGUUGCAGGGCCACACGAACUUUCGCAAGACUCUUAUUCAGUCAGUUGGCAUUUUAGGCUGUUGGUGUGUCGUGAGGAUAUUUCAAUUAAAAAGAAUCAUAGAUGACUAGAUAAAUCAAUUUAUGUUUAAGUAAAUCCAAUAGAAGUUGUAGAUUAAAAACAAGAACGCUGCCUUAAUUAAAAAUCAAAUCCUUCUUUGGUUUAGAGCCUAAAAAGGUGGAUUUGACACACUUUGUUGAGUUUUAAAUCAAAACUGUGAAUCUGUAAUUAUAGAAAGUGGGAAAAUUUGAAAAGGAAAUUUUAUCAAAAGUGCAGUAUAAAAUGCAAAUGAGACAUUUAGAGUUGAAGCAUUAAGCCUUGGCCAAACGAUUUGAUUUUUUCGUUCGAUCUUUCACUCGACAUUUGAUCUCAAAAUCGAGCAAUGUCGAGCAUGGGUGGCCAAACGAUUCCAUUUUUCGCUCGAUUUCUCAAUCGACUUUUCAUUUAUGCCAACAAAAUGAAGACAUGCAAAUGUCCUUUUAAAUACACCAAUUCGACUUACGGCCUCGUUUUGAAAAUUUCUCCUAACCUAAUUUUAGGCCGGAUACAAUUUUUCAUAUUGUUUGUGCUUGUAUUUUAGAUUUUACGGAGAAAUGAAGUUUGAAAACUUGUAAGAGAUUUGACCGCAAAAAUCAUUCGGGGGGAAACUUUACCCCCCUAGUCGCAAAUCACGGUCAAAUCCCUUAUAAAUCUUUUAUCUUUUUGUCGUCAUAAAAUCAAUAUCGUGAGCAAUACCAUAAUGAAAACUUCCAAAUAUACUAAAAUCAUUGCUCGCAAUCCGAAUCUGAGGUCAAAUAUUUUGAACAAAAUAAUUUGAAAAGUUUUUCAAAAUAAGGCCAUAAGUCGAAUUGGUCUAUUCUCUUGACGAACUCUAGCGCCAUAAGACCCUAGUCGUUCAUUUCAUGCAGUAACCGUUACUAAAUGUUUUAUUCCGUUCAAGCAAAUUACUAUUUUUAGGCAAACUUUUUUUUCUUAAUUCCAUUCUUGAACGGAAUACAUCCCUUUAAAGGUCAUCGGACCUAGAGGCCGCAGGGUAGUAUGCUUCCUGCCCCCUUUUAAAAGUAACUAAGCAUUAGAUAUGAUAACUGCGCUCCGCUCGCUCGACUCACUCGACAGAGUGGCCACACGAUUCGAUUUUCAUCCGACAGUACUUUUCUCUCGACUUUUUUGAUAAAGAUCAAACUUCACUUGACACCACCCGACGCAAAUCGACUCGCUCGACAAGGUGGCCAAACGACUCGAUUUUUCUUUCGAUUUCCGGGGCUUUAGCAUCAGAAAAAUGUUACUUAACGCAAAAGGAAAGCUCUGAUCCGGAUGGAUCAUGUUUUGCUAGAUGUCAUAUUGGCAGGAGAGCGUUCCCUUGUCCAAGGUGACCUGCGAUUUGUUAAUACACUCGAAUUUUCCUUGAUGUGUACGAAGCAUGGUUAAUUGGAUUAUUCUAUCCGGGUUACCUAGUUCCGUCCGUAAGCCCAAUUCCAGUCUGAUGUAUUACACUCAUUUUUUAGAAACUUUCUAAAUGAAAUGAGUUCAACCAGAAAGAAUAAAGUGGCAUUAGCUAGUACUUGUAGGAUAAAGAAACAGCUAAAUUUUGAAAAGAUAGAGAAAUUUGACGAGUCUUACUGUUUGUAGCUGCGUCAAACCCACCCCAACAGGAUUCUGCCAGUAGAUUUAACAACUCUAUUUAACCCUUUCAGGCCCGGAAGGGCCAUAUGGCCCAGCAGAGCAUUUGCCCCUUAUUAUCUUUGGAGAUCCCUUAGAAUCAAUGAUCAAUGACGUAAUAUGUUGUUCAGUUGUUGUACUUUCCUCUCAUGACCCAAUUUGAACAGCAGCAACAACAGAAAAAUUCCCAGAUGAUGUUAUGUGAUGGCGAUUGCAUUGAGCUUGAAGUGACAUUUUUGUUAAUUUGAGAAGGAUUUACAAAUGGCCACCAGCAUUAAAUUUAUUGAUGAAAAUUCUAUCAGAGUAUUCAGCGAUACCACAUAUGAUUCAGAGAUUGAUUUGGGGGAUAGUGAGGAUCAAGAUGAUGACGAGGAAAACAGUGAGAAUUCUGAAAUUGAGUCUGUACAAGAGGGUAAAGGCAAUAAUACUGAAACCUCUAAGAAUAAAAAUAAUAAAAGGUCAUACAGAUGGAGAUACACCAACAAUCAACCCUUGUCAACAAACACAGGACAUACUGUGCAGAUCACACCUGAGGUAGAUGAAGUUAAGACCCCAUUGGAGUAUUUCAAAGAUUUUUUUGAUGAUGAUAUGAUCAGUUUAAUAGCAGAUCAAACCAAUCUUUAUAGUGCGCAAAACAAUAUUGCAAAGGGAAGCAUUGCCACAAAUUCAGAGGAAAUCCAAAAUUAUUUGGGAAUUCUUCUUAGAAUGUGUGUGGUACAUAUGCCAAAAUAUCGUAUGUUUUGGGAGACAAGUACCAGAUAUGAGCCUGUUGCUAGUGUAAUGAGUCGCAGCAGGUUCAAGGAAUUGAAAAAAAAUUUGCAUUUUGUAAAUAAUGAAACUGUGCCACAGAGAGAUGACCCAGCUAAAGACAAGCUCUUUAAGAUUCGCCCUCUCUUCGAAAUGCUCAGGCAGAACUGUUUGAAAGUACCUCCAGAAGAGAAUAAUUCUGUUGAUGAACAGAUUAUCCCAUUUAAGGGAAGAAGCUCUUUGAGGAGGUAUCUUCCAAAAAAGCCAGAAAAAUGGGGCUUCAAAGUCUUCUCCAGAAAUGGCUCAAGUGGGAUCUGCUAUGAUUUUGAACUGGAUGGGGCUCCAAAUCCAGAUCAUGUGCCUGUUGAGAAGCUUGGAUAUCAUGGAGCUGAUGUUGUUAUGAGACUUUGUCAUCAUUUGCCAAAAGACCAAAAUUACAAGCUUUUCUUUGACAAUUUCUUUAAUUACCUGGAGUUAUUGGUAAAGUUGAAAGAGAAAAAGAUCUGGGCAAUUGGCACAUUGCGAGCAGAUAGGAUGCGUGGAUGCAAGUUGAAGUCAGAAAAGGAACUUAAAAAGGAAGGCAGAGGUUCACUUGAUGGAGCAGUGGAUUUCAACUCAGGUGUUACUGUUGUAAGAUGGUAUGAUAACAGAGCAGUGCAGUUGGCAUCAAAUUAUGCGUUCAUUGACCCUCUUGAUAUUGUCAGACGUUUCUCUAAGUCUGAAAGACAAUUUGUCAAUGUCCCAAGACCACUUGUUGUUAAAUUAUAUAAUGCAGAUAUGGGAGGAGUGGAUCUUUUUGAUAUGUUUAGAGCGUUGUACUCUUUAGAUCACAAAAGUAAACGAUGGUACAUGAAGAUAUUCUUCUGGAUCCUUGCAACUUCUGCUAUCAAUGGGUGGCUAAUGUACAGAAGACACUGCAAACAUUUUGGUGUGCCAAGAAAGGAGCAGAUGCCACUUCUCCUAUUCAUUUGUCAAAUAGCAGAUGCAGUCAUCACAUCUGAAAUUGAUACCCCAAGAAGUCGUAGGAGAGGAAGACCAUCUUUAGAGAGGAGCUUAGAAGUGACACCAGUGAGUAAGAGGCCAAGAAGGGCACCAGACCUUCAUGAUACACCAUCUGGCAUAAGGUAUGAUGCAAAAAACCACUGGCCUAUACAUCGUCCAGAUAGACCUAGAUGCAUGGUGUGCAAAGAAAAGACAAGAAUUGGCUGUAAGAAGUGUCAAAAAGGACUUUGCAUUACAGAAAGCAGGAACUGUUUUCUUUCAUAUCAUUCUUGAUUUUUGUAAAGAAUUGUUUUUUCAUCAUGAGAUCACAUAAUUAAUGUUCUUCAUUCAUAAUAAUUUUCUGUUCUUGUUGGAAUAUGAGUGUUUUCUUCGGAACUCUUAUCUGCCUGAAGAAUUAAGACUAAGAAUGAAAUUCCCUAAUAAAUGCCAUUAAAAAGGAUGGAUUUACAUUUGUUUUCAAAGUUUCUUGAUGUUUCUUUAUGUUGUCAAUCAUAACUUCAAGGUAUAAUUUAAUGCACAGUUGUAAUUAUAUAUGAGUAUGGGCGGAUAAUGUUCUAUAUUUGGCCGGAAGGGCCAUAUGGCCCAAGUCCAGAUCUCACAGUGUCUGGCUCUAUUUUUUAUAAUUUGUACUUUGCUCUCACUAACAAUGUAUACACACAAUAAAAACAUAACAAAUGAUUUUUUUCAACGAGCCAAAAAAUUCCGGGCCUGAAAGGGUUAAGUUUAUGGAUCUGCCCCAAUUAAGUUUAAACUUUAUUGAGAGAAGAUAACAUUUGCCAUCUGUUCAAAGAGCUGAUUGUAAAUGAUAAAAACAGACGGAUGAAAAUGUUAGCUCCAGAAACAAUAAGCAAAUAUAUGGAUAUGGCAAUGAAUAUGCCUGAUCUCGAAAGUUUUGAGUUUCAUUCAUCAUAUAAUGUUUUAGGAACUGAUCAUAGAGAAAUGUCCAUGAUAUUAUCAUUACUAUAAUACCAACUGUAUAUGAACUCCAUACAUAUAAAACUGAACGCAGUAACAAGCACGUGUGUAUGAGAUAACAUGGGCGAAUUACAUACGGGACUUAGUGUACAAACGGGAUACGAAUUAUGUGAACAUUACAAUUCAGCUACAAGGAUAUUGAUUUUAAAGAAAAAGACAACUUAGAUAGAGAACUGGGAAAACCAAUUUACAGGUUUUCUUUAAACCCCCAAUAAUUGCUAAACUGUAGUAUAUUUUCUUUAUAACAUUGUACCGAAUGGAAAGCAGUAAAAUGGGCAGCCCCCAGUAUGAAUUUCAACCCGACGGCACUGAAAGUAUCAGUUGCCGGAAGUUUUCAGUACUUGUCUUGCCAGGCCUAUUUUGUGCAUGCAACCAUAGUUCCACACACAAUUUUCACAAAGUAUGUAGAUCUGUAAAAAUUUCUUAUUUCAGGGACUACAGUUUUGUUGGGUCUUUUUCCGCCCUUGAUAUUGGUAAAUUUCGCAAAUUGUGACGCAACCUCACUUCUUUAGGAAUGGUGUUGGCACCGAGGAUCCCUGUUUUUUACUAGGGAGUUAUGGGUAGAGGGCAAUAUCCCAGAAGGCCGCUGUGUCCGGGCGUAUAUAAGCACACACGUGCAGUUGAACGCCCUCUUCCUCUAGCGAUCGACUGCAGUGGGUUCUGAUGCUAGCAACUGGAAAGAAGCAAGCAAUGACCCCUACAAAUUGCAAUGUGCAUUUGGUACAGAAAGGACAAGUGGUUUCCAUAUUUUUGCCAUUGAAUUGGUAUUUCAAAGCAGGUUUAGAAAAUGGAUGAAAUCACUAACAGAUUAGGGUUCAGUGAAAGAAGAUUUAAUUUGCCCUCCAAUUGAGGAAGUUCAACAGAAAGUUUAAAUGACACAAUGAUGCUUUGAUUCACCUGUUCAAAUUUCAAUUAUGCAAAGCUCAUCUAUUUCUCAGAUGACAUCAGCAAACAUUGGAAUUUCAGAAACUUUUGUGAGAUAUUGGCAAAAGAUAAAGUUUGUUGAAAGCAGAGCAGAGCAAUGUUCAGCAAAAGAUAUGAAAUGCAAAUUGCUGAAAUGGUGUUGGAAUAGUGGCACUAGAAAAAGGUGUUUGCUACUUGUAAAGAUGGUGACACUGAUGACAGAAGUCAACUUUCUUUCUGGUCGCUGCUGGAAGCAAGAAUCUAUCUUCCAUUUGAUGUGUUGAUGAAGAGAUUUUCCAUGUCUGAAGAGUCAUCUGUGAUAGAGUCCUGACAAUUUUAUUUGAAAAUUUAUCAAUAUCAGUGCUUCAAA